AUGGAGAAAGGGGAUUGCGAUAGUCUAGCAAGAUUAAUUGAAGACCUUGUCUCGUACGACGAGAAUAGACAUAGGCAUAUCCUUGAUAACUACUUUGAUGAAGAUGCGACACUUUCGCAUCCAUUCCUCACCACCAAGGGGACUUUCAACAUCCGUAAAGUAUAUCGUGUAUGGAUCUCUCUUAAUUCUCAGGAACCAAGCAUAGUAGAAACUCCCGUCUUUGAUGGUGAAACUGCUGUUGUUCGCACCAUACAGCAUCUCCGUCCACGUAUUAUACCUUUCAUUCAUUUGCAAGUGCCCGCUCAAACUAUUCUCAAACUCCGGGAACGCGAGGAUGGCAAACUUGUCGUUUACCAUCAAGAAGACAGCUGGACUCUCGAUGCCUUAAUCAAAAGCGUUCCUCUCGUAAACUGGUGGUACGAAAACGUUGUCCGCGUAGCCUUGGGCAAACUUGUCAGCGGGGCUGGCUCGUUUAUCUAUUCUGCUAACCAUGCUACCUCUCACCUUACGGCUCGUGCUGGCGAAAUCGGUGUCAAGGGUCGUAGUGUCAUCUCGCAGGCUCAAGUAAAGGGUGUUGGUUUUGUAACUCCAAUUCUUAGUUCCGACUUUAUGACAAGCAAUCAGCAAAAAGUCAGUCAAUUUACUGCGCCAUAUGCCGAGAUGUUGGUUGAUGGAUCAAAUAAGGUUUCCGGUUUGACCAACAAAGCCUUCUCUGCUCUCCAUCAGUUUACUGGACGUAGAAAUUACGAAGUUGAAGCUCAAUAG